UUUAAAAUGUCCUCGAGAAGGCUGAGUUUAGAUAGAGAGGGAGGAAGAGAGAGAGAGAGAGCGUAUCUCCUUUGCAAGAACGGCAUCAGUUUCUGUGGGUGCUUCGGUUCUGAUCCCAAAGACGUUCUUGUCGCCCCGAGAGAGAGAGAGAGAGAGAGAUUCUGCUCAUCUGUUGGCUUGAGCUUGGUCGACUUCGGGAGGCGGGCGAUGGAACCGGGGAGAAUGGAUGUUGGGAUUCUGGCAAUGGAUAUCUACUUUCCCCCCACUUGCGUCCAACAAGAAGCGCUCGAGGAUUAUGAUGGGGCGAGUAAAGGGAAGUAUACCAUUGGACUAGGGCAAGACUGCAUGGCCUUUUGCACCGACCUGGAAGAUGUAAUUUCUAUGAGCUUGACGGUUGUUUUGUCCCUCCUUGAGAAGUAUCAGAUUGAUCCAAGACAAAUUGGUCGCCUGGAAGUUGGUAGUGAAACAGUGAUUGAUAAGAGCAAGUCUAUCAAAACUUGGUUGAUGCAAGUUUUUGAGGAAUAUGAUAAUACUGAUGUUGAAGGUGUUGACUCCACAAAUGCAUGCUAUGGGGGAACAGCUGCUUUGUUCAAUUGUGUAAAUUGGGUUGAAAGCAGCUCCUGGGAUGGACGAUAUGGAUUAGUUGUCUGUACAGAUAGUGCGGUAUAUGCAGAAGGGCCAGCUCGGCCUACUGGGGGUGCAGCUGCUAUCGCAAUGCUGAUUGGGCCUAAUGCUCCGAUUUCCUUUGAAAGUAAAUUCAGGGGGACUCACAUGGCUCAUGUUUAUGAUUUUUACAAGCCAAAUCUUGCAAGUGAAUAUCCAGUUGUUGAUGGCAAGCUGUCACAAACAUGCUACCUUAUGGCACUUGAUUCCUGUUACAAGCGCUUUUGUGGCAAGUUCGAAAAGAUUGAGGGAAAACAGUUCUCUAUUUCGGAUGCAAACUAUUUUGUUUUCCAUUCUCCAUACAACAAGCUAGUACAAAAAAGCUUUGCUCGUCUCGUCUUUAAUGAUUUCUUGCAUUGUCCAAGUAACCUUCAGAAGGAAGAAAGAGAAAAUCUGGAGCCAUUCUCAAAUAUGAAUGGUGAAGAAAGCUAUCAGAGUCGGGAACUUGAAAAGGUUUCUCAGCAAGUUGCGAAGCCCUUCUACAAUGUAAAAGUCCAACCAUCUACUUUGCUACCAAAACAAAUUGGGAAUACGUACACUGCAUCUCUCUAUGCUGCACUUGCAUCUGUUGUCUAUAACAAGCAUGACACACUGAUGGGUCAAAGGAUUGUUAUGUUUUCAUAUGGAAGUGGUCUAACUUCCACAAUGUUCUCAUUCAAACUUCAUGAUGGACAACACCCAUUUAGCCUAUCAAACAUAGCUUCCAUCUUGAAUUUAUCAGAAAAACUCAAGUCAAGACAUGUGUUUUCACCUGAAAAAUUUGCCGAAACUCUGAAGUUGAUGGAGCACAGGUACGGAGCCAAGGAUUUCGAAACAAGCAAAGACACAAGCUUAUUGUCUCCUGGCACAUUCUACCUCACAAAAGUCGACUCCAUGUACCGGAGAUGCUACGCCAAAAAGGGCUCAGAGGAUGCUCCAGGUAGCAAAAUGUUCAGUUUCAGUAGCCUGUCUAUGGCCAACGGCUACUAAUUUCAUGCCCUUAAGUCAUGUAUGCUGGAUGUUAUUUCUUCCGUCUGGAUUAUAUGCGUUGUGUUUUAUUACUGGAAGACAAUAAUUUUGUUGUUGUCAAGGAAGUCAUUUUUCGCAAUGAAUCUGUUUAAGUUCA